AUGAACCUGCAUUGGAAUAAAACGGCAGGUGGUAUAGAGGGAGCACUGCCAGAUGAAGAGAAUACAUUUCAACAGAAUAAAAGCAGUAACAAUAAAAAUAACGGCUACAGCAAUGCAGUCCAGAAAGAAAUCACACUGCCUUCAAGACUAAUCUAUUACAUCAACAGAGACUCUGAAACCCCUUACCAUAUCCUGGAUACAAAAGCAAAGCACCAGCAGAAACAUGACCAGGCUGUACAUCUGGCCCAGGCAAGCUUCCAGAUUGAGGCCUUUGGUUCCAAAUUCAUCCUUGACCUCACGUUGAAUAAUGACUUGUUAUCUUCCAAUUAUGUGGAGAUUCACUAUGAAGAUGGAAAACCAAAGUUUUCUAAGGGUGGAGAGCAUUGUUACUACCAUGGAAAUAUCAGAGGUAUCAAGGAUUCCAAAGUUGCUCUUUCAACUUGUAAUGGACUUCAUGGCAUGUUUGAAGAUAGUACUUAUUUGUACUUGAUAGAACCAAUGGAUCUGACCCACAAUGAAGAAAGUAAAAGCAGGCCACAUAUCAUCCAAAGAACUUAUGGAACACAAGCCUCCAAGCAGUUGCAGGACCUUGAGACUGAAUCUAGUUCUGAAUGGCCCUUUCUGUCUGAACUACAGUGGCUGAGGAGAAAGAGAAGAAAGAGAGCAGUAUCUCGUGGUAUCUUUGAAGAAAUGAAAUAUCUGGAGCUCAUGAUAGUCAAUGACCAUAAAAUGUUCAAAAAGCACCGUUCUUCAAAUGCAUACACAAACAAUUUUGCAAAGUCUGUGGUAAACCUUGUAGAUGCUAUAUACAAGGAACAGCUGAACACCAGGGUGGUUCUUGUUGCUGUGGAAACUUGGACAGACAGAGAUCGCAUUCAUAUUCACCCUGACCCUCUGCAGAUGCUUCAUGAUUUCUCCAAAUAUCGACAGCACUACAUCAAACAGCAUGCUGAUGCUGUGCACCUGCUCUCGAAUGUGACAUUUUAUUACAAAAGGAGCAGCUUAAGUUACUUUGGAGGGGUUUGCUCUGUGACCCGAGGAGUAGGAGUGAAUGAGUAUGCCCUCCCUUUGUCCAUGGCACAGGAACUAGCACAAAGUCUUGCUCAGAACCUUGGAAUACAAUGGGAGCCUGCUGCUAGGAAACCAAAGUGUGACUGCACUGAAUCCUGGGGUGGUUGCAUCAUGGAGGAAACAGGGGUAUAUCAUUCCAGGAAAUUCUCCAAAUGCAGCAUUGCAGAAUACAAAGAAUUUUUACUUCGUGGGGGAGGUGCCUGUCUUUUCAACAGGCCAACAAAGCUUUUUGAAACCACCGAGUGUGGAAAUGGAUAUGUAGAAGCAGGAGAAGAAUGUGAUUGCGGUUUCCGAAUGGAAUGCUAUGCAGACUGUUGUAAGAAGUGCUCCCUUUCUAAUGGAGCUCACUGUAGUGACGGACCCUGCUGUAAUACAUCAUGUCUUUUUUUCCCACGAGGCUAUGACUGUCGAUAUGCAGUGAAUGAAUGUGAUAUUGCAGAGUUCUGCACUGGAGAUUCUGGCCAGUGUCCACCAAAUCUUCAUAAGCAAGAUGGGUAUGCCUGUGAUUCUAAUCAGGGUCGUUGCUAUAAUGGUGAAUGCAAGACAAGAGAUAAUCAGUGCAAAUAUAUCUGGGGAUCUAAGUCUUCAGGAUCAGACAAAUUUUGUUAUGAAAAGCUUAAUACAGAAGGCACAAAAAAAGGAAAUUGUGGAAAGGAUGGAGACAGAUGGAUUCAGUGUAGCAAACAUGAUGUUUUCUGUGGCUUUUUGCUCUGUACUAAUCUUACUAGAGUUCCACGAGUUGGUCAAGUUCAAGGAGAAAUUAUUCCAAAUUCUUUUUAUCAUCAAGGACGAAUAGUGGACUGCAGUGGUGCUCAUGUUCUUUUAGAUGAUGAUACAGAUGUAGGUUAUGUGGAGGACGGAGCUCCAUGUGGACCUCACAUGAUGUGUCUGGACAAAAAGUGCCUGCCAAUUCAGUCCUUGAACAUAAGCAGCUGUCCCAUUGGUUCUAAUGGAAAAGUCUGUUCUGGUCAUGGGGUUUGUAGUAAUGAAGCCACUUGCAUUUGUAAUUUCUCCUGGGCUGGAACAGACUGCAGUAUUGAUGAUCCUAUCAGGGAUACUGGUAGCAAGAAGGAUGAAGGACCCAAGGGUCCUAGUGCCACCAAUCUUAUAAUAGGCUCCAUCGCUGGUGCCAUCCUGGUAGCAGCUAUUGUCCUUGGGGGGACAGGAUGGGGCUUUAAGUUAUCAGAUGUUCAUAUGAACAUACGGUACUGUGGUGUCAAGUCCAUAUCAAACAAAUGUCAAAAAACGAAGGUUCGAUCCAAGUCAACAAGGCCCUAUCUGAAGAAAUAUGAUUCAGAAAGCUGCUUCUUGCACUACUGGAUUUUGGGUAUGAUGUUUUUGCUGCACAGGAACUAACUCAGUAAGGAAGAACCUGAGAAACAGUAACUAUAAACACAAUGUUGGGAUGUUAGGAUUUGAGGUGGUAGAAGACUGUCCUUUUUGGAGAUAAGUUUGAAAUACUUCCUCUAUUCACCUUUCUCUUGUUAACAGUAACUGACACGUGUUACAAGCAAACUGUUUCAAAAUCAGGUAGUUUUUUUUUUCCUUUUCUCAAACAAAGGAUACACACAGACCAAGUGCAAUAAGAGAACUGUUCCAAAAUAAUGAAAUAGCAGAAGAUUUUUUUUUCCCAGCCUGCUGGCACUCUAACUUCACUUGAGUUCGCAUGACUUCCUUUUUCUUAUCAAACUCCAGUGGCAUGAGGAGCUAAUUUUGAAAGGGUAACCUGCAUGGCUCACACAAACAACCAGGCUAGCAAGCUGACCCCAGGCAGAAUCUGCAGCCCGAUAAAUACAAACCACUGGGAAGCUGAUACCAGGCUCUGAUAGCUUUUUCAGUCACGCAGUGCAUUCUGCCACUGGACUUCAGAGUUCUCUAUGCUGUGAGCUCACUGUCCACCUUGUCUUGGUCUCCUGCGCCAGGAGUCUGUUGGGUAUGGAAGCUAUCAAGCGAUGGAUGUAAUUCUUCCAAGAAGGAAAAAAGUGUAAAUAUGGAAAUAAGAUUUUGAUGUAUCAUUUUCACAGAUUAUAUAUAAAUAUAUAUAUAAUGAGAGAAAAGGAUUUCCAUAUAAAAAGGUUCUAUUCUUUAUGUAAAUCUAUUUUUGAUGUUGGGUUUGGUUUUGGGUUUUUUUGCUCCCCUUUUUUUCUGUAGCAUGUUGUACAGCGGAUGUUCUGGGCUUGCUCAAAAAAGGCAGUUAAUAGCAUGCAGAUGCAGGGAGUUCUGACACCGAACAGAUGUGAUCUAAAGUUUGUAUGCUUGAAACCAAAAACAAUUAAAAUCUAUAAAUGCAUAUCUAUGUACUGACUAUAAGUCUGGAUUACUUUUUGUGGCUGUUAUACAGAUUUUCCAUAAUGUAAUGUAAGAUAAGUGACACCCUCUCAAAUGACUCACAAGUGCCAAGCUUUUUUUUUUUUUUAAACUACAGGUACUUUUUUUUUCUCCUGUCUAGAUCCUGUGAAAUAAAAACUUAAAUAAGCCUUAAAUACUCAAAAAAUGUUAGAAGUUUGGAAUGAGUUAUUAUUCUUUUGCCUUCUGCCCACCCACCCAAGUGGGCUUGCAAAGGUGACUGACAUUUCUAACUCACUCCCUGUAUCUCUUUGAUGCAUCUCACUUUUCAAAGUGUAAUGCAAAAUUAAUACAUUGAUCCUUGACUGCGGAUAGCUAGUUACCAUCACAAAGUGUGCAAAAUCCCAACUUUAGGGGGUUGAGAUUACUUUUAGAUACACCUUGUGUACAGACACUGAUUUUUGCAGAGAAGUGCUGGGCAGCAGUACCCCUCGUAACCAGGUGGAUCUGUCUUGAGAAAGGUAUGAAUAUGUCUAGCUUAGGCCUCCCUUAAAGUAUAGAGCUGUACAGUCUGGCUCAUCCUUUUCAUCUAGAUUUAAAACGUAGGUAAUUCAGUUUAUGUAAGUGAAGUGACCUGAACAUUUCAUUGCUGCAUCUGGUAAUCAGAUUUAAAAACUUUUGUAAUUUUGGACUUAAAGGUUGGAUAUUAGUAACAACGGAAGUCCAGUACACUUUUACCAGUUACCUUUGUUCAGUGGAAAUCCAUUUCCUGAGUUAGCUUUAAGAGCCAAAACAUCACGAAAAUGCUGCAGAUUUCCUGUGACUUAUAAAAUCUCAUUUCAACUACAUUUCUUAUUAUGGUAACAUUCAGUCCAACAGUCUCACAAGAGAACUACAAUAUGUUGUUUUGGUUGACAGUUAUUAUUAAAUGCUUUUAAACAGCUUUAACAGUCACAUUAACACUUAGCGCGUUACGAGUUAAAGGUGCUGCGCACAGGUAGUCAACGUUGGUAUAUAUUAUACAUUUUAUUCUGAAAAAGUCCUGCCUGGCUUCAAAUAGAAUGAAGUUAAUGACAAUACUUUUAUGGCAAACCAAAAAUACUUGCAACUGUAUUAUUGUCCUCAAAAAGUACUUUUGUUGGGAACGUAAUCCCCAGCGUUGUUAGGGUUCUGCUUCCAAAGCAGCGUAACCCACAACAGAAACACUAGUGGUUACCAAAAAUUAAAAUAAGUAAAAUCAACCGGAUCGACACAAACUACCUGUGUAAUAAAGCUUUGAGAAGCAUUUCACAACAGUGUUAGUGUGUGAUACGAUGUUUUAAAUUAGACCACAGUGGUCCCCAACUGCUAUGUACAUAUGUUUGGUGCUGGACUAAUUUCUAUUUACACCAGCAGUUUCAUAGGAAUUAUGAUUUCUUGACUGAAUUGAUGCUUCGCUCAUCAGCCACUGUAUGUGGAAGAACACAUUCACUUUCUGCCCAAUGUGUACAGAACACAAUUGACAAACUGAGCUCAGAGUAGGUACAGGCUGAAGUGCUUUCUGUGGUGGUGGACAAUU